CCCCAAGGGAGGGCGCGAGGCGCGCGGGUCCGGGAGCGCGCGCGACGCCAGCGACCUCGCUCGGGCCCAAGUCACCGCCCGCGUCCCCGGCUGAGGCGGCCGGCGUCGAGGGCGUGGCGGCUCCUCGCGGCCCCGGGCGGAGGGGUUCUUUUUGCCCCAGGCCGCGCUCGUCGCGCCCGGGCCUCUCCCGUCGAGCGCACAGCGGUGUCUGGCAGAUAUCCUAGAACUUUCCCCACGGAAAAGAUGCUCCGAGACACCAUGAAAUCUUGGAAUGAUAGCCAGUCCGAUCUCUGUAGCAGUGAUCAGGAAGAGGAAGAGGAGAUGGUCUUCGGUGAAAAUGAAGAUGACUUGGAAGAGAUGAUGGAUCUAAGCGACCUGCCCACCUCACUUUUUGCUUGCAGUGUCCACGAAGCAGUGUUUGAGGUCCAAGAGCAGAAGGAGAGAUUUGAAGCUCUCUUCACCCUCUAUGAUGACCAGGUCACAUUCCAGUUGUUCAAGAGCUUCCGCAGAGUGAGGAUCAACUUCAGCAAGCCCGAGGCUGCAGCGAGAGCUCGGAUAGAGCUGCACGAGAGUGACUUCCAUGGUCAGAAGCUGAAGCUUUACUUCGCACAGGUGCAGGUGUCUGGGGAGGCUCGGGACAAGUCCUACUUACUGCCCCCACAGCCCACCAAGCAGUUCCUCAUCUCCCCUCCAGCCUCCCCGCCAGUAGGGUGGAAGCAGAGUGAAGAUGCGAUGCCUGUGAUCAACUAUGACUUACUCUGUGCUGUCUCCAAGCUGGGGCCAGGGGAGAAAUACGAACUGCAUGCAGGAACCGAGUCCACCCCUAGCGUGGUUGUGCAUGUCUGUGAAAGCGAAACUGAAGAGGAAGAAGACACAAAAAACCCAAAACAAAAAAUCACGCAGACUCGGCGCCCGGAAGCUCCCACAGCCGCACUGAGUGAACAGCUGGACUGUGCACUGUGAGCCCAGCCACUGCACCUGUGCUUCCUGCUGCUACCGCUGCACCUGCACUGGAGCACAGACACGAGAUGCCGCUGCAUCCAUCUGGCAGCAGGGUCAGCCUUGCCAGGCCAGAACAUGGGGUGAAGUAGCAGAUGUGGCCAGCUGUUUGAAAUUUUGAGCAAUGCUCUAAAUGGCACUUUAAGUGACAAGGUUAGCCCCCACUAUGUGGCACCUGACUCCUCCCAAAAACAUCAGUACCCCAGAAUACAUCGCUCAUUGGGUACCGAAGGCCAGAAUUAGAAUCACCCAGUGCACUACUGUUUUUACAGAUUUAAAAAUUAGUCUCAUAAUUUCAGUAAUUUGGGGUAGGUAUUCUUUGUACUGCUGUGGUUGUGUCUAACAAAUACAUUGAGCAAAGGCUGAAUGUUGCUCAGUAUACAUGACCUUUUUUUGGCACGAAAAGAAAUCUUAGAUCCAAAAUCAUUUGUAGAAGCCUUUUUUUCUUCAGUAUUUUUCCACUAGCCUUGGGGAUGAACUGCCAAAUGAGUGAGAUUAUCAGAUCCAAACGGCAUGCGCAGACAUAUUCUUGGCUCUCCUCAGUAUCACUCUUGCGGUUGGUGGAGGUGGUGCCCAGGACCAUGCUCCCAGUGCAGCCCUCCCAGGCCUGGACCCUGCAAGCAGGAUGUAUCACUGGGAAGCUUGGCUGGUGAUGAUACGGAGUUGCAGCCUGUGGAGGGUGGCUCUUCAGUUUCCCUCUUGACCAUCCUAGUGCUGGCUUGUCGCUGCCUGAGUUGUCCUAUGCUGUGUGUAGCUCUGUGAUGUUAGUCCAGUCUUAAAUUUCAGAAAAUAACGAUAAGACUUUAUGAAGACCACUUUGAAUUGGGAGGUGUUUCAUUUUUUUAUUUUCUUUGAAGACAGGGUUUCACUUUGUAGCUAGCUGGCUUAAAAUCCUUUGAGAUCCUCCUGCAUUAGACUUCCAAGUGCUAGAAAUUACAGGGAGUGAGCCACCAUGCACUUCAAAUUUUUCCAUUCAAGUAUUCAACUGUUCAGAAAGAAAAAAAAAAUCACCAGUACUUUUUCUUUGAGACAAGGUCUUACACUGUCUAGCCUGAGACCCAGUAUGUAGCCCAGGCUGGCCCAAGACCAUUUGUUCUCCUUCCUCAGCCACUUGAGUCGUGGGAUUGAAGGUAUAAGCCCCUGUGUGCAGUUCAUGCUUCCCUUUUUAGUGAAAGGUUCCAUCUUGCCUUGCAGUCGACUUUCAGAUGGAACUGCUUCUUGCUCUUGAGGCUGUGUUUGAGCCUCUGUACAUGAGUGCAGCAUCGCUAGUGUGCAGGGCUGCCGCCCCUCUCACAGAAGGCUCUCCUGCUCCGGGUGCGUCCACUGGUCCACUCACUGUGCCGUCACCACACAGCAGGUGUCCAGGGCUGGCUGGGGUAUGUGAAGGGACUGGCACAGAACCAAGAAACCAGCUCGGCAGCUACUGUAAAGGAAGAAAAAUGGAGACAUUGAAGCCAUGAUGGCUAUGUUCUUUGGGUGACAUGUUAGAGCUGAGUGUCUUUUGUGGUAGAAUUGAUUUCUGAAGAUUUAAACUGUAUUGCACACAAAUGUCUGACUUGUUGAAACAAGGUCUCAUAUAGUCCUGGUUUACAUCAAACUUGGUACAUCUCAAGGAUGGCCUUGAACUCCUGCCUCUAUCCCCUAAGUGCUAGGAUUGCAGGUAUGCCCUACAUCACCGACAACAACAACAGGAAGGGUUGUCCUUGCCCUCAGAUGCUGAACUCUGUGUGCUUGGUUGAAGAUUACCACUCCAUCCACACUGGUUUGUUGGACCCAGGUCAUUGUCUGUCGGGUCAGCUGAUAGGCUCUCCUUUGCACUUCUGAGCUCAGCAGUUUUCUUCUUUGGGUUGCAGGACAGACCCUACCUGCCAGCAAACAAGUAGAUCUUCAACAGUUGGGAAGUUUUUGUGUUCCGCAUUAUGCAAUACCAAUUCUCUCUAAUUCUCUAAGUGAUCAAAACUAAUUUUUAGUCUUAGCUUUCAUUUCUAGCUGCCAACUUAAAAACCUCUCUCUCUCUCUCUCUCUCUCUCUCUCUCUCUCUCUCUCUCUCUCUCUCUCUCUCUCUCUCUCCUCCCUCUCCCUUUCUCCCCCCCCCCCAGGUUUUCUUUAUUUUAGCUCUGACUGUCCUGGAACUUGCUCUAUAGACUAGGCUGGCCUCGUACUCACAGAGAUCUACCUGCCUCUGCCUCCUGAGUGCUGAGAGGUAAUUAAAAGUGUGCGCCCCCACACUUGGCCUACUCCUUCUUUGUUUAAGUCAAGAGGUGCAAACUGUUCAUCUCUUUAAAUCUUUUUGAGGGUAUUAAAUUGUGUGUAUGAAUGGGGCGUGUGCAAGGAGAAGGGAAGCCAUUUAAACUUUGCUGGAUAGCAAAUAUUAGUAUUUUCCUCUUUUCUGUCAUAUUGUUUCCAUAAGACAAGCUCAAGAAGAAGAAAAAAUAUUCAUCCACUAUUUAAUGAAAUGAACCAGAGUAUCCAAGUGUCUGUGUUUAAGCUAUUUUGAUGCUCGGUUCAUGUACCCAUUUUAUAAUAAAUGAGUUCUGUUCUUUUGUUUGUUUGUGAAAAGGUCUCAGGUAGCACAGGUAGCUGGUCUCAGAUUCCCUGUGUGGCCAAGGGUGAUCUUGAAUCCUGAUCCUACUGCACCUACCUCCAAAGCCCAGGAUUACAGAUGUUACAGAUGUACCACAGCUCACAGUCUAUCCCUUAUCUUCUUUCCAGUUCCCAUUGUAGAUUUAUGUGCAUUUUUCUUUCAAACUGAAUUAAUUCAAUUAUUUUCUUUUUUGUUUUUGUAGACAGGGUUUCUCUGUGUAACAGCCCUGGCUGUUCCGGAACUCACUUUGUAAAUCAGGCUGGCCUCAAACUCACCUCUGCAUCCUGCGUGCUGGGAUUAAAGGCGUGUGCCACCAUGCCCGGCUGAAUUGUUUCUUAGAAUUAACUUCCCUAGGGGAUUCUGCAUUCCCCCUGUGAGAGUGCCCUGCUGCUCUUCAGGAGCUCUUUCAUGCUUUCCCGGAGAAAUCUGCAGUUCAUUCUACAGAAAGAAGCUCUAACAGUAACCAUGGUUUCUUCAGAAAGCCACACCUCUUCGUGGGACUCAAACUGAGGGAUGCGAGGAAGAGAACGGGGGUUUUGUGUUAGGAAAAGCCCUGUAAAGGGUAAUGAAGGCGUGACACUGGCUGGCCAGCAGGACUGCAGGAGCUUGGCUCUUAGAGUCUAGAUUUUUCCAACACACCCACCUGUGGGAGCCAGAGGUCCAUGGAGAGAGGUGGAGAGGCAGGAGCUAGGAGCAGCUCCUCUCCUUGAGGAGCUGAAAGGUAGUUUUACUCAUCCCUCAAAUGUCAGGACGGCCGUGUGUUGGCAGGCACUUGUAAUCCAGCACUCGGGGGUAGCUGCUAGCAGAAGGGUCAGGGGUUCAAGGUUGUCCUCAACUAAAUAGUGAAUUUAAGGCCAGCCUGGGUUACAUGGGAUUAUCUCAAAAAAAGGAAGAGGAUUAUACAGAGAAGAUUUUAAGUUCUACAUAAAGGUUUACAUAGAUCAUUGUGGCCACUAAAUGGGCAAUUUGAGUUGAGGGGACACCAGGUACAGGUCAGGAGCAGUUUGCCCCAUAAAGGGACGACUGUGUACCAUUUUCAUGAAAUCUGUCUCUAAAAAUAUUUUAAAAGUGAGAGUUGAGAUUAGUAAGGUUUAAAGAUUUGUUUUUAUUUAUGUGUCUGUGUGUAUGUAUGCAUGUGUACAUAUGGGUGCCCACAAGGGCCAAAACAGGGCAUUAGAUCUCCUGGAGCUGGAGACAGUAGUAACAUACCCGAAGUGAGUACUAGGAACUGAACAUGGUCCUCAAGAGCAUCAUGCACUCUUGCCACUGAGCCAGCCCCAGCCCCAGGCCUGCCUUUGUAAAAUGUCAUGAUUAUUGCCAUGGUGGAAACGCCUUUAAUCUUAGCACUGCAGGUGGAGCACUGAAUUCAGAGCCAGCCUGGGCUACACAGUGAGUCCCUGUCUAAAAAAGCAAAUCAGACCAAAAAAAAAGUCAUGAUUAUCAAGUGAAAUGAUUUGACUAUCUUAAAAUCGAUGUGACUGACCUGACCCCAGACUUACAUGGGCGUGCACAGCGCUGCAGGGAUUGCAGCUGGCCUUCCCUGUUCUUCCACGUAUUUUCAUGCACUGGGCUCUUAAAGUGUGGAGGAUGUUUCUCCCUGUCACUUAGAGAAGAACGGGAGGCCCAGCAGAUAGGAGAGAGACUCCUUAUGGCGAAUGAGAAAUGGCCUUUAAACAUCGGUGGUGUAGGUAGCAACUUGGGAGCUUUUAAUCAGCUUGAUUGUGACUUGUGCUCUUACCGCCAUUGAGCUAUGGGUUAGAAUCUGCUUCCAGAAUGUUUCCUUGGUCACAGCAGUUAGGUUAGUACUUUAUGUGGGCUCCAUGGAGAGUCGCGUUCAUGCUGUUAAAAUGCAAAGAGUCCUAAGAGAGGAGCCGGGCACAGAGAAUGAGGCCGCAUGCAUGGAGCUGAAAGUUUGCUGGGGGAGGUCCCCCUCCCUCUGUGCUUAGAAAAUAGGGUUCUGCUCAAGACUAAAGAUGGACAUGGAUUUAUAUUUGUAUAUAAACUAUUUUUUUCAAGACAAGGAAAAUAAAAUUUAUUUCUUUAUGAAUCUAUACAUAGGAAAACAUAAUAACUUCAAUGUUGUCCAUUUCAGUUCUUAAGGAACAUUAUUUAAUCACAUAACUUUCAAAAUCCGGUCCAGUGCAGCAAACAGGUUUAAAUAAAAGCUCAAUUUUUGGUCACAGAGGUCUUAGCGCUGGUGUAUGCAAAUGUUCCACAAGGGUAUCCUGCGCACAGGCUCGAUCCUCAGCAAGCCCCGCAGAGCAACACCCUCCUCCUGCUGUGGGCAUUGCAUCUCCAGGACUGACUUUGAGGACGCGUACAUGAUGGUGUGUGAUUUCUUGCAGGCUCCCUUUUCCAGUUUGCUUGUAGUUUCUUUCCUUUCUUUCUCUUCUGUUGAAAGCUUUGAUUCCGCAGAUAACCUGGGGAAGCUGGGGGUGUUCCCACUUUGUUCACGUAAGGCCUCAGCACUGCCUGGACCAUCCAUGAGCUUUACACAUUUCUUCUCCGUCUUCGGCUGCAUCUCCAGAGGCGGACUCUUGCGAGGAGAGAGGCUAGCUGGCAGCAGGUGUGUCUUCUGGGGUGGUUACACCCAGUGGCAGCACCUCACGCCCCUCUUUGAGCACAGGCGCUUCAGUUUUCUCUUAGGUUCCUACUUCAGCUUUGAUUCAGCUAACUUAGCUCUCAGUUUUAUGUUUGCACUUUCUGAAAGCUGCAGGUGUCUUUCAUUCACAGUUUCCGCCUUCAUUCCCUGUGAGGAUAGCUCGCCUCUUGUGCUUUCAUUUUCUUUAACUUAUCAAGCUUUAGCUGAAGUAGGUGAUGUCUUCUAGAGAACAAGGGCUGGCUGAUGUGGACGGUUUAAGUUCCAUACUUUCAUAUAAGGUCUUAAAUUUCUCCAGAUUUUUAAUUUUACCUAAAAGGUGUUUUAUUUCACCAUUCUUCUGUUCCAACAUGGCAAACAACCCUUCCUGCUGCUUCAACUCAGUUUGAGAUCCCCACAUCCUCAGCAGUGUGGAGAUUUGUAACUUCAUUUGCUCAUCUGCUCUCUGGUGAAUGCAUUGUGCUUCUCCAGUGACUGAUAUUUGACUUUCAUCGAGUUGAGCUGGCGUUCCAUAGCCACCCUUCAAUCAUCCACCUCCGCAAACAGGAAGUUGUCUUUACUACUGGGAUCCAAGGCUUGCUGGAGCACAUGACCCAACUGCACCUGAAGAUCCUGAUUUUCUACGUGAGCUUUCUCUAAGGCGUUAUAAUACGACACCACUUCCUUCUCUCGCUCCUCUUUUUCUUCUUGAAUCCAGUCUACCCGGUGCAUUAAGGAAGCAUUGGAACAUUCUAGUUGUUCUUGUUUUUUUUUUUUUUUAAAUCUAUUUAUUAUGUAUACAGUAUUCUGUCUGCAUGUGUGCCUGCGGGUCAGAAGAGGGCACCAGAUCUCAUUACAGAUGGUUGUGAGCCACCAUGUGGUUGCUGGGAACUGAACUCAGGACCUUUGGAAGGGCAGGCAGUGCUCUUAACCACUGAGCCAUCUCUCCAGCCCCUAGUUGUUCUUGUUUGUACUGUGGCUCGUUCACCUCUUUGGAGAGCAGUCUUCACACCUUCCAUUAGCCGGAGCUUUUCCAAUUUGUGGGCGAGAACUUCCUCCUGGUGGUCCAGCUUCUGCUUCAGCUGCAACCUCACUUCACUUCAUCUAAUUCCACUUUCAGUUUCUCUAACUUAUUUUUCAGGUCAUUCACUUCCUGCCUGUGGCUUCUGUUUAGCUGAAUUUCUAACUGCUCCAGCUGCGUUUUCUGUUGUUUCAAAGCUUCACAUUCACAGCUCAAACUUUCUGACAUCCGACUCUUGAGCUCAGCUUCUCUUUGAAGGGCAUACUUCUGGUUAUAACCCUCAGUACGGUCAUCAUUUCUUCAUGACAUUUAUCCAGUUGAUUCUGCAGUUCAGUUUGCCUCUCCAGGAGCUGUAAGCCGUACUGUGCAGCUUUCAAUCACUCCUUUUCACACUCUUUGAGUUUGCUUCGAAGAUCUGUGAUCUCUCUUUCUCUCUCUCCAUGCUUUCUGUUUUCAGCCUACUCCCUGUUCACGCUUCCUGGCUGCCGCAACCAGAGGCUUGUUCAGAAAGCACCGGGUGCCCAGAUUCGUGUCAGUACAUCCUCCUCAGCACACACACAAAAAAAGCCACCAUUUAUUCAACUCUAUGUAAACUACUUUACAGACUCGGGGAUUUAUUUUUAAAGGAAGGCUUUAGGUGUAAUUAUCAGAAGUGUGCAUGAUUCUUUGAAGCCUGGGGUUCAUGCCUGCCAGCUUGCCUCUUCUCUGGAGAGUCUUGGCCCUCACCUGUCACACAGGUGAGCGUGGUCACCUUUCUCCCUCUGUUCCUUAACACAUCUGUGUUGAGGAAACAGCUGACUGGGUGUGGUGGCACAGGCCUGUGAUCUCAGCCUUCAGGAGACUGGGACGAGGAUUGAAAGGAUGAGAAUAUCUUGGGAUAUGUAAGCAAAACCCUGUCUCAAAGAAAAAGAGCUAUUUUCCUUUCUUUUUGUGGCAGUGUAGAAGAUUUGGAGUCCUGGGGAGAUGUUGCUUCUAAGCGAGAGGCCCACAUUCUACAGUUAAGUACAUUUGAAGAGUAAGGUAUUGGGACCCUGACCAACCACAUGACCAAUGACUGUUGACGUUUUACACUCCCCUUGGAGUAUGCUUCUCCAGAGCCAUCCUCGUCCUCAGCGUGCCACUGUUUCCUUCACUCUUGAGCAGAGCAAAAUGUGAUAGUUGAGAGUCCAGAUUACCAAAUGUUGUCAGGCAUGGUGACAUGCCUGUCAUCCCAGCACUUGGAAGGCGAAGGUAGGAGGAUUGUUGCAGAUUAAGGCCAGCCUGUGCUCUACAAGACCCUAUCUCCACAGAAGGGUUACUGGGUGUACACAGCGCAGCCUGUUGGGUCUCUGGCCGGGCUGGGAACUUGUCCUGUUCCCUGUAAAGUUUCUGUCAGAGCUGAGAAGUGACCUCAGGGAGGUAAAUGUGCGGAGACCUGCUGACUUGGUUUGUGCUUUCUCUUGGGAACCUGCAACUCUUGAAGAGGGUCCUGUGACCCUUGGAGCUCCCGCAUGGCCUUGACUGGGUGUGCAUUCUUACCACGAGGAGGAUUUAUUUUCUAUCUAUGCAGAUAAUUGGUGUUUUUCUGUAUUGUUUCCUGUUGGUCUCCAGUCUCCCUAAGUCAGGUUGAGAACUAAGGGGAGACAGCAGGUGUCGGUCCUGCGAUUGCACCAUAGCCACUGCUGUCCACCCCUGAGUGUUUAUUCCUGUCACUGUAGAGCAUUUGCGUCUUGGGAGUGUGGGGAAAGCCUUCACAGCCCUUGCGCUUUGUUCUUCAUACCCAAACCUGCAGCGGGAUUUAUUCCUGAAUCUGGACGUGUGUGUAAUCUCUCUGGGCCCAUGCACCGUAGUGGAUACUCGCUGCACUUGUGAUCUUCGUCCGUGUGUCCGUGUUUUAGUGUGCUUGAUGUGAUGGGCAAUAGUUCAUUAUCAGCUUCAACUGUCCUGUGUUCCGAGGCUCUCUAAACAUUUCUUGUCCUGUGAGGUGACAAGAGCAGAAUGUAAUUUAGAGGACACUUUA